UAUCUGAAGAUUGUGCAUGCAUUUUUGAAAGAAAAUUGAAUAUCCAAUUUAAAUUUAUAGGAUUGGUGUUUCUGCUUAGGAACAAAGUGAAGCAUAAUAGUAAUAACUUUAUAUUAAUGGAGGGGUCAUCAGAGAGAAAUGGGAACUUGGUUUUUGCAGUUAAUGGGGAGAGGAUUGAGUUAACUUCUGUUGAUCCUUCUACUACUUUGCUUCAGUAUUUGCGCUAUCAUGCUUGUUUCAAGAGUCCAAAGCUUGGCUGUGGCGAAGGUGGUUGUGGAGCUUGUGUUGUUCUAGUCUCAAGGUAUGAUCCCAAGCUAAACAGAGUUGACGAUUUUAGUGUGAGUUCAUGCCUUACACUUCUUUGUAGUUUAAAUGGUUGUGCAAUUACUACAAGUGAUGGCCUUGGUAACACCAAAGAUGGGUUUCACCCAAUUCACCAAAGAUUUGCUGGUUUCCAUGCUUCUCAAUGUGGCUUUUGCACUCCUGGAAUGUGCAUGUCAUUAUUCUCAGCUCUUGUCAAUGCUGAUAAAGGGAACCAUCAAGAUUCUCCACAAGGAUUUUCCAACCUAACUUCAUUUGAAGCUGAAAAAUCCAUACAAGGGAACCUUUGUCGCUGCACUGGAUACCGGCCCAUUGCUGAUGUCUGCAAGAGUUUUGCUUCUGAUGUUGAUAUAGAGGAUUUGGGACUCAAUACCUUUUGGCAAAAUGGAGAUACCAGGGAAACAAAAGUAAGUAAAUUGCCUCCCUAUGAUCCAAGUAAGAAUCUUGUUACAUAUCCUGAAUUCUUGGAAGGUGAAUCCAUCACACGUUUGGACCCCACAAGGUAUUCUUGGUUCAGUCCUGUUUCUAUAGAGGAGCUACAGAGCUUGUUGAAAUUCAGCGUGGCUGAAAAUGUUGGGAGCGUUAAAAUAGUUGUUGGCAAUACCGGCACUGGUUAUUACAAGGAAACACAGCGAUAUGACCAAUACAUCGAUCUGAGGUAUAUUCCUGAACUUUCGAUCCUCAAUAGGGAUCGCAAAGGAAUUGAGAUUGGAGCAACUGUGACCAUCUCUAAACUUAUUUCAUUCCUGAAUGAGGGAACCAAAGCCAACUUGGGUUCAUAUGGAAAGAUGGUGUCCCAAAAGUUGGCUCAACACUUGGAAAAGGUUGCUAACCCGUUUGUUAGAAACACUGCUAGUGUUGGGGGAAAUUUGGUUAUGGCACAGAAAUAUGGAUUUCCUUCUGAUAUCUCUACAUUAUUUCUAGGAAUGGAUGCGACAGUUAGUAUAUUGACCAUUCGUGGACAAGAAAAACUUAAAUGGGAGGAGCUGUUAUCGAGGCCAGCGCUAGACUCAAGGACUGUGCUUCUAUGUGUAUGGAUCCCAUUUAAAAGGAAUGGGAAUUUUCUUCAAAAUUUUUCAAAGUAUUUGUUUGUAACAUAUAGAGCUGCACCACGACCUCUUGGAAGUGCAUUGGCAUAUGUAAAUGCUGCUUUCUUAGCUGAUGUUUCUCCACGCAGGAACGGGGUUGUGAUACAUUCUCUCAGGUUGGCUUUUGGCGCUUUUGGCACAAGACAUGCAAUAAGGGCCAAAACAGCAGAGAAAUAUUUAACUGGGAAAAUAUUGAACAUCAAAAUUCUGUAUGAAGCAAUUAAAUUUGUCAAACUAGAUGUUGUCCCUGAACCUGGGAUUUCAUACCCUGAGUAUAGGUCAAGCUUGGCUGUCAGUUUCCUAUUCAAGUUUUUUAAUCCCUUGACGGAUGUAGAUUCCGUAUUUUCUAGCGGUUUAUUCGAGGGAAUUGGUGAAACCUUUGUAGAGGAGGGUUCCAAAAGUACUAAUGAUGAUGGUGAUACUAGCCAAGGAAAAAUACAGACAAUACUAUCAUCCGCUGAGCAGGUUGUGGAAUCAAGUACCGAGUAUUAUCCAGUGGGUGAACCAAUGCAAAAGUAUGGAGCUGCCAUGCAAGCCUCUGGUGAAGCUGUUUAUGUAGAUGACAUUCCAUCACCACCAAACUGCCUACAUGGAGCAUUUAUAUAUAGUACAAAACCAUUAGCAAGGGUAAAGAGCAUUAGUCUCCAGCUUGAGUCUAAUUCAUUAGCAGAUAGAGUUAUUGCCAUUUUUACAUUUAAAGAUAUCCCAAGUGAAGGGGAAAAUAUAGGAGUUCUGAGCCAGUUUGGUCCUGAAACUCUAUUUGCAGAGGAUCAUGUCCAAUAUGCUGGCGACCGAAUUGCUCUUGUGAUUGCUAACAGCCAGAGGUCUGCUGAUGUGGCUGCUAGAAAAGCCAUUGUUGAAUAUGAUCCAGAAAAUGUAGGUUCCCCGAUAUUAACUGUUGAGGAGGCUGUCGAGAACUCAAGUUAUCUUCAAGGGCCCGUGUUUCUGAACACAAAGCCGGUUGGUGAUUUCUCGAAAGGAAUGUCUGAAGCUGACCACAAGAUUCUCUCUGCUGAGUUGAGACUUCCAUCAGAAUACUAUUUUUAUAUGGAGCCACAGACUAGCUUAGCAGUUCCGGAUGAGGACAAUACCAUGGUUGUUUAUGCUUCUACUCAGUUCCCCGAGUAUACGCAUAGUUUGAUUGCUCGUUGUCUUGGUGUUCCUGAGCAUAACAUCAGCGUGAAAACAAGAAGGGCAGGAGGUGGCUUCGGCGGCAAGGCAAUAAGAUCAAUGCCAGUUUCCGCAGCCUGUGCACUUGCAGCAUACAAGUUACGACGCCCUGUCAAGAUAUACGUCAACAGAAAUACCGACAUGGUAAUAACAGGAGGAAGACACCCCCUGAAAGUGACAUACAGUAUUGGAUUCAAGUCAAAUGGGAAGAUCACAGCCUUACAUGCUGAUAUCUUGGUAAAUGGAGGGAUAUCAGAAGAUAUAACCCCUAUCAUAGCAUCACAUAUAAUUGCAGCACUCAAGAAAUACAAUUGGGGUGCCUUUUCAUUUGACAUAAAGAAUUGCAAGACAAACCUUACCAGCAAAUCAUCUAUGCGGGCACUUGGUGAUGUCCAAGGAUCUUAUAUUGCAGAUGCUAUAAUGGAACAUGUAGCAAGUGUACUGGAAAUGGAGGUGGACUCUGUCAUUAGCAAAAAUAUUCACACUUAUGAAAGCCUUAAAUUAUUCUAUGAGGAUAGUGCAGGCGAAUCAGGAGAAUAUACUUUGCCUAGUAUCAUGGAUCAAGUGGCCACAUCCUCGAGAUUUGUCGAUAGAAGAAAGAUGAUAGAUGAAUUUAACCAGAAAAACACGUGGAAGAAAAGAGGUAUUUCUCGAUUGCCAAUUGUGCAUGAAGUUAGGCAACAUGCAACCCCUGCAAAAGUAAGCAUUCUGCGGGAUGGAUCAAUAGUUUGUGAAGUUGGAGGAGUUGAAAUCGGCCAAGGGCUAUGGACAAAGGUUAAACAGGUGAUUGCCUAUGCUCUUGGUUCAAUUGAAAGUAGUUGGAGUGAAGAACUUGUGGAGAAGGUACGAAUCAUAGAAAUAAACACCUUAAGGUUAGUGCAAACAGGGUUUACUGCUGAAAGCACUAAAUCUGAAUCAAGCUGUGAAGCGGCUAGACUUUGCUGUAAUAUCCUGGUGGAAAGACUGACUCCUCUGAAGAAAAAACUGCAAGAACAAAAUGGUUCUGUUGAUUGGACCACACUGAUUGGCCAGGCAGAAGCUCAAUCAAUAAAUCUACAGGCAAAUGAAUAUUUUGUUCCAGGAUCAAGUUCUGGGCAGUAUUUAAACUAUGGUGCUGCUGUUAGCGAGGUUGAGAUAGAUGUUUUGACUGGACAACAUAGAAUAUUGCAGUCAGAUAUUAUAUAUGACUGUGGUCAGAGCUUGAAUCCAGCUAUUGACUUGGGACAGAUUGAAGGGGCUUUUGUAAAAGGAAUUGGAUAUUUUAUGCUUGAAGAAUAUCUUACAAAUGAAGAUGGAUUAAUGGUUUCAAAUAGCACUUGGACAUACCAUAUCCCGACAAUUGACACCAUACCAGAAAGGCUCAACAUUCGUGUGCUAAACAGUGGAGAUCACAAAAACCGUAUUCUCUCAUCUAAAGCUUCUGGUGAACCACCAUUACUUCUAGCAGCUACAGUCCAUUGUGCAACAAGAGCAGCCAUUAAAGAAGCUAGAAAACAGCUUAAAAGUUGGGGCAAGCUUGACGAGUCCGAUUCAGAAUUCUAUCUGGACGUUCCUGCCAUAAUGCCUGUUGUGAAGACAACUUGUGGCCUGGACUAUGGGGAGAAAUACUUGGAAACUUUGAUCAGCAAACGAUCCGCCUAAAUGCCCCAUUACCAUGCAUCUGAAUGGUGUCCGUGUCCUGAAGUUUAAAAGUUCAAAGAAGCUUUGUUAAUUUCACACUUGUAGCUGCUUAUGAGAUUGCAUUAGAGUACAAUUUACAAUACAAGAGUUACUCUUGAGUUAGUAUAUGAAAGCAGAACUGUAUACACGGUUAUUUCAAAUUUAAAGCUAAAUUAUCAUA